CCAGCUAAUGUCUAGACACAUCGAGGUAAUUUGUCAAGGGAAUCGUUAAGAGUCUGACAGGUGUGUGAGGACCCACAUUUCUGUCGUACUGAAAUUCCCGGUUUGCACUUGGAAUGUGGCAUACAUGGCAGGUGGUAACAGGAAGACAGGUGGAUCAUACCGAUUGGACGAAAAUUUACCUGAUCUGUAAUCACAGGUUGGUUUGUCAGGUAGGGAACUGGGCCUGCCAGAUGUAGACAACAAAGACUGCUACCAAACAGUUCAGAUGAGUUCCAGUACGUGGACGUGUCAGGUGUGAGCUACUGAACAAGAUGGCCGCUCAGGGUGACGCACACGUGGUUCCAACAUAAAGCUUCAGUUGUCGGGCACAAGAUCCUCAGACAUGUCGGGGAAUCAGAGGGAGACAGAAUCUGAACGUCCUGACAAGGAAAGUGAAACAGAUGGUGAUGGAACUCUCACAAUGGACAACCUGGCAUCAUCAGAAGUAGCACAAUCUGGUAAUGGCAAUGAUGUGGAUGUUGUUCCACAAAGGAACACAUGGUGAUGGGACAUUCUCCAUGGACAUGAUAGCAUCAUCAGAAGUGGUCGAGCGUCAGGCCAGUACCGGAAAUGGUGCCAUGGUUGUUUACGAGAGACGAGAAAGGCAAGCAGUGUCAAGUAGAAUCAUGCAGGGUCUGACUUUAAAGGCAUCAUAGUACAAGACUCUUCUGAUGUCAGUGUAUCUCUUGGAGGUCAGAAUGAUGGAACAAUGAAGUCAGAUAUGCUGCAAAUGAAUCUGAAACGGGUCAAAGAUAUCUUUGUGAAAACUGAAAACUACUAGGACAGUGAAGGAGCGCUUGGAGAAGCAUGGUCAUGUAACAAUAAGUGGUGCUUCUGGUGAAGGAAAAACGUCCAUUGCCUUGAUGAUAGGAGCAGAUCUCAGGAACCAGGGGUAUGAACUUGUGUUUGUUGAUGAUGUGGAUAAAUUCGAGCUGAAGAAUUGUGACCUGCGUGGAAAGAAAGUUUGUCUGAUACUGGAUGAUAUAUUUGGAACAGUCGGCUCAUCAACUGACGUUCCCCAUCUUAGGUCCAUUCUACAAAAUCUUAAAGAUUAUUUAGAAGAUGCAAGAUCUAGCAGGGAAGACCAACGGGAAACACAUCCAGGCGCUGAAUCAGUGAUUCGUGUUAUAUUCACCACUAAAUCGUACAACCUGGAAUGGGAGUCGCAAAGUUGGAAGGCCAAGAAUAUUAUUUUUCUCAGGUCCAUCGCCUCUCGAUUUGACAAAAAUGAAAUCAUGUCAUUACAGUCCCAAGGAAAGAAAGAAAAUACUCCAGAAACAACUGAAACACCAUAACAUCGACCUGGACCUCGAUAUUGAUGAGCUUUGUGACACAAGAGAAUCUUUGUUUGGCUUUCCCUUAAUAUGUACUCUGUUUUGUGAAUUCCUGAGUUUUCAAAAAGAACCUGCACGUUUUUUUCGAGAACCCCUAUUUUAUCUACGGCGAGAAAUUGACAUGAUCAUGGAACGUGGAAAUGACCAGUCCGCUGCGCUCAUCCUGAUGCUGUUGUGUGAAAAUAAUCUGAACUUGAGCCAGGUAGAAAUGGAAUCUGAAAAUCAUGUUUUAGAAGCUAAUCUAAAGGCCGUAAAAGCGCGGGUGCCGGUAACUUCACGGACAACAGUUGCCAAAGCCAUCAGGUGUUACAGGGGUACAUUUUUCACGGAUGGAGAUAUCCUUGGAUUUUCACAUCCCACCAUCUAUGAUGCUUGUGCAUGUGCCCUAUUCAAAAGGAAUUCAUCCUUCGUUCUGAACCACUGCAGUCUCAGAUUCCUUUAUGAGCGUGUACAGGCCCAGCAAGUCCAGUCCACUGCAAUAGAUAAUCAUCUCCACAUCAUCUACGUCUCAGAUGCUUACUAUGACACAAUUGCCUCCAGACUGGCUGAUGCUAUUGCCAAAGGCAACUACAGUAUGUCUAUUACACAUCCUAUUUUGAAAAACGAACAAAUAGUAGACAAGGUGUUCCAGAAACUUAAACUGAAGAAAUCAAAUAUAUUUCAAUGGUUGCUGAAUACAAAAGAAACAAAACGGCUUGCCAUGUUACAUGCAAAGGAAGAAGAGAAGUACUUACUGUACUGGGCAGUUCAUGCACAUAGUCUGUACUUGGUUGAGAAAAUCCUUGAUUUUGGAUACGUUUUUUCAAAUGAAGAGAUCAUGGAAGCCUUCAAGGCCUGUGCUUCCUGUGGGAACGAAGCAGUGUUGUUGUUGUUAUCUUCCAAAUAUAAGUCACUGCUUCAUCAAAGUGUGCUCAAUGAAGCUCUGGUGACUGCCACAGAACACAAUUACAGAGAGGUUGCAUUAGCCUUGCUUAAAAUUGGAGCUGAGGUCUUUGAAUCAAAAAUGAUGUUGGUGAAAAUGUUUUUCAAAUUGCUAGGACGAAGGGAUUCAGUCUACUUGGAAAAGAUUUUUUGGAUUUAUUACCAAAGGAUUACAUAUCAAAGAACAGACUGGAGACUUCGACUUUGAAAGGGCAUCUCAUUUAAUGUUGCAGAACAGCUGUAGUGUAGGCUCUGUAAGACUUUCGCGAUUCUUCCUUCCAGUCACUGACAUUAAUGCAAGAGAUUCUAUGGGCAGAACGCUGGUUAUGAUUGCUGCUUUACAUGGGAACUAUGACGUUUUCAAUCUGCUCAGGUCUGAAGGGGCUGAUAUUUAUCUUACCGAUAAUGACAAUGAUAAUGUACUCCAUUGGGCUUGUUGGGGAUGGAAAUUUUCCAUUCUAGAAAAUCUAUCUUUGUUAAAUGAAAACUGGGUGGAGUUGUACCUUCAUAGAAGAAACCUCAGGAAAUUCUCAAUUGUUAAAGAUCUACUUCAAUUGUUUGACAUUAAUUGCCGUGGAGUGGCUAGUAGUACACCAGUGAUGAUAGCAGCUAUGUUUGGGAAGAAGGAUGUUUUCGACCUGCUCGUGUCGAAGGGGCUGAUCUCACAAUAAGAGCUGACAACAAUGACACUGUACUUCAUGCAGCAUGCCGAGGUGGAAAUAGAGACAUUGUAGAAGAUCUCCUUCCACAGUUUGACAUCAAUUGUCGUGGACGGUAUGACUGGACACCAGUGAUGAUGGCGGCUGCAUGUGGACAUGAGGAUGUCCUCCAGCUACUGGUGGACCACAAGGCAGAUCUCUCUCUGGUCUCAGAUACAAGAGAAAGCAUCCUUACUCUGGCUCAGAAAGGCAAAAACAAUGACAUUGUGGAAUGCCUGAGGGAAAUAGUCAGGGAAUUUUCGGGAAUGAGAAGAUUUGAAAAAAGGUCGGACAGCAGAUGGACUUCCCUAAUAACUUGAGAAUGUCAAGGAUCAUUCUGGACAUAAGAGGUUGAAUUCUUAUUGAUACUGAUACACUGUGAAAAUGCAUAAUGAGUAGGAACAAGAAGUCAGCAAAGAAAUGUUGUACAAGUAGAUAACACUUUAAAUGAAGCCUGUAAUACGACAUUGUUGAUUUUGAUUAUCUUAUGUGUAAAUAAUCAGAAAAAUCUGAUGUUUGUGAGGUCAACUUUGUCAGAAUCUAGGAUGCUUUGUCAAAGCGUCUCAGUAAGCAAUUUGUAUAUGCCCAUUGUCUUAAGUGAAUGUUUGGAAGAUAACACCGCCUUGUAUUUGACACUUAACCUAUCGGUGAUCCACAGCUAUUGGUACCAAUUAUAAUCAUAUGUUGUAGAUAUGUAAAUAUAUGUCUAUAUCAUUUUGACACAGAACAUAAUAUAUACUGCAAUUCAUAGGUGCGGAUA